GAAAUGGAAUUACAGCAUCAACCCUUGUUUUAACCGUUUCAAAAGUAGUUACGCUAAAUAGGUGCUUAGCAUGGAGGAGCGUAAAAAUCACAAUAAAUAUAGGCGUGAUAAGCCAUGGGAUGAUGAAACAAUCGACCACUGGAAGGUUGAAUCAUUCACUGAGGAAGAUAACAAGCCACCUCUUUUAGAAGAAAGCUCAUUCGUUACAUUAUUCCCUAAAUAUCGUGAGAAAUAUAUACAAUCAAUUUGGGGUGAUGUUAAGCGCGCGUUGGGGAAUUAUCACAUAAAAUGUGAACUUGACCUUGUCGAGGGCUCAAUGUCAGUGUUAACGACGAAAAAGACAUGGGACCCUUACAUCAUUAUAAAGGCGCGUGAUAUGAUAAAGCUGAUUGCUCGCAGUGUUCCAUUUCACCAAGCCAAGCGCAUUCUGGAAGACGGGGUCUAUUGUGAUAUCGUAAAGAUUGGCGGCAUGUUGCGUAACAAGGAUAAAUUUAUUAAACGCCGUCAAAGAUUGGUAGGUCCGGGAGGUUCUACUUUGAAAGCAUUGGAAUUACUGACUCAAUGUUACAUCCUGACUCAAGGUCAAACUGUAUCCAUCAUCGGUUCUAUAAAAGGUAUCAAGAUUGCCCGGCGCAUCGUUGAAGAUUGCAUGAAAAACAUCCAUCCAGUUUAUCAUAUCAAAGAGUUAAUGAUCAAGAGGGAGUUGGAAAAGGACGAAAAACUAAAAGGUGAAAACUGGGAUCGUUUCUUACCACAGUUCAAAAAGCGUUCUGUGAAGCGUCGUAAGACACAAGUGAAAAAGAAGAAGUCUAGCGGCUUGCUAUUACCUGAACAGACUCCACGUAAAGAAGAUUUGCUUCUGGAGUCUGGAGAGUACUUCUUGCUGGAAGAGGAGAGGCAACGGCGUAACCGUAUGAAUAAGUUGGCUGAGCAACAUUCCAAAGGAUUGGAAAACCGUAAAAAGAAAGCGGCUGCAUACGACCCGGAACAGAAUACUACUAGUGAAUCCGUUGAAGAAACGCCCAGUGCUCCAAGCUCGGAGGAUACUCUGCUUCAUGUGAAGCCAAAGAAGAAAAAGAAGACAUCGGUCUUCAUUUAAGUUUAAUAAUAUCGCUAAAUUAUUAAUGUCUAUAAAGUCUUCUAAGACGUUGGUCACAGG